AUGGCGGAAAGUGAGGAUCAAACGCCUCACAACGACAUUCCCGUCCGUGCACUGGCGAAUGUUACGGGGCUAGACCUAGGGCCAGCGCUCGACUUCGAUGGUGUGAGUCUGGAAAACCGGGUGGAUGUGGCGUCGGAGAUCACCAAGUGCCUAUCCAAGUCAAUGCAGGCGAUAGGCCUCGGCAAGGUUCGUACUCUCGACCUAUGGUGGGAAUUGCAUGAGGACUGUCCCGCACUCAUCAUCGUGGACAUGCACUACCUGGCCAUUCCAGCGUCGUCGUCGGCCGUGGAGCGGCUGUUCUCACAGACGGGGCAGAUCAAGUCCAGGCUGCGAAACCGGAUGCAGCCUCAGACCCUGGACCAACUCAUUUUCACACGCGUCAAUUGGGAGGGUAGCCUUUAG